AUGAACUUUAUAUUACUCCCGAAUUUUGAAAUAGUGUCUCAAUUAUAUGUGGGGUUGGAAUUUAGUGAGGCAAAAUUUUGGGACGAAGAAAUUUUGUUUCUUUAUAUAUCCUUACUAAGAGAGUUCAUUGGAUCAUCAAGGUUUCUGAACUAUUUUCAAUGGAGAGACUUCAUUUUUGGCCAAGAAUAUAUACUUGGAAAAAAGUGCCUUUUUAGAUUAGAUAGUUCAAAUGUACUUCUGAAAAAGGCGAGUAACGUAAGUGUUGCUUUCUGGACUUUGAAGAAGAAAUUAUUGGGACAAUUUGAAGUGGAGAAGUUAUAUCUCUUUACUUCAGAUAGUUUGAAAUUUUACUGGAUGCGCCUGUCAAGCAUAGUAUUUCUGAAAGAUUUUGAACUCUCUAUGAGAAUGAGUGAAGUUUUAAAUGGAGGAGAAAUAGACUCAAUUUGCCAAUGGAUUGAUGGGGACAGUUUCAUAGAUAUUUAUGAGAAGUGUCAGAGAGGUCAGUUUAGAGAAUACAGAAUGGCAGAAAAUAUUAGUAUAUGUUUUGAAAUGAUAUCUCUCUUUAUUUUAACUCAAUUUAUAUUUUCUAAUCAAUCUACACAGAAGGUUGAGAUGUCUUCAAGUUUAUAUUCUAAAGAGAGCUAUAUUACAAUUGCAAAAUUUUUCCAGAGGAACUCAGCCACUUUUAUAAAGAUUUUAUCAUUAUUCACAAAGGAAGAAAAAGAAUCUAAAUACAACUCAGUGAAUGUUCCGGCUUCAUUUGAAAUGUUUUUUGAUAAGGUGUUCACUUAUGACUGUGAUAAAGAGCAGGAUGAACAUGAAAAUAUGAAUUUUGACUUUAAUGCAAUUAAAUUGGAGAAAAAUUCUGCUUAUAAAAAUCAUAAGUCUGUUGAUCAAAAGAAAAUGAAGGGAAAUAGUAUAGCAAUUUCCGAAUUCACAAUAAAUGCAUUUAAUUAUCAUAUUGUUACAGACAGUUCAGGAGAAAUACAAUUAUGUAUUUUACUAAAUAAUACUUGGACAAUAAUUAAUCAUGGUGUUCUGGAUGAUUACUAUUUAGUAAAUAAUGUUCAUGGAGGGAAUGAUUCUGAAAGAAUUUCUUAUUUUCUCUCAAAUAAAGUCGUACAUUCUGUCAAUUUUGAUCAGAGAGAAUUGGUGCAUAACUUGAAUGAAGUGAAAGGUGAAAUUUUUGAAAUAGUUUCAGAAAAAGAAGAAAUAAUAGAUUUUGAAGCAAGAAAUAUAAUAAUUUCAAACUCAAGUAAUUUGGAAAUAUAUAUUACCAGGUCUGUUGAGUACCUAUUUAUCCGAGACUGCAACCAAUGUAAUAUUUAUUGUUUAGAUUUGAUUGCAAACAUUCAAAUCGAGAAUUGCAAGAACUCUUUUAUACAUACUGAUUGUAUGUUUGCAACAUUGAUUAACUGUGAUAAAAUAAGUAUUUUUCUCCACUCCCAGUUCUCCCCUAUACUUAAGAGCUCAGAUAAUAUUGUAAUUGGACCAUACAAUAUACACUGUUUAAAUAGAAAGACAUCUUACAUAAUUUCUUACGAAAAUAAUUUACUGACACAAAAUUGGAGGUUUCCGAUAAGUUUUCUCUCCAACUUUAACAUAAUUAAACCAGAAAAGCUCUUUAUGGUGGAAUUAUUAGACACAAAACAUGACAUUAAUACUGAGGGUGGCGAAUUGUCUAAAUUCCCACUUCCUUCAGAUUAUUAUGAGAAUUUUACAAACAGACUACAGAUUCUGGAACUCGUUCGAAACCUUGACUACUCAUCUCAAGAGGAAGUUCUUAAUCAGUUUGUUUCUUGGAUUGAUGACAACAAACCUUAA